AUGUCUUCCAGUACUCCCCCUUCUCAUGGGGCAACUACCCCUACACAAUAUAACGACAAGGAAGAGGGCGGUCACUAUCACUGCAACCACCCUCACCACUAUUAUGAAGGACGAAACAACAAUGCCCAGAAGCCUCACCAGUCCAUGGUCUCGCAGGUCUACAACCGUUCGUUCUUCAAAGUUGCCAACCCCGGCCCUCUUGGUUUAAUCAGCUUCGCUCUGACUACCUUCGUUCUCGGUCUCUACCAGUGCGGUGCUGGACUUCCCGGUUCUAACCCCUUUGGCGGUAUCGGUCCUGACCAAGCCAUCUUCGGUCUGGCUGUCUUCUUCGGCGGCAUCGCCCAGUUCUUCGCAGGUCUCAUGGAAUUCCGUGUAGGCAACACCUUCGGCACCACUGUACAUUGCUCCUACGGUGCUUUCUGGCUAGCCUUUGCCAUGUUCUUCGUCCCCGAUCUUGCAAUCAAGGAUGCAUACAAGGGCGACGAUCGCGCGUACAGCUUUGCCUUGGGUAUCUUCUUGAUCCUAUGGUGCUUCCUCACUCUGGUAUUCUUUAUAGCUGCUCUCAAGACAAACAUUGCCAUCCUGGUUGUGCUUGGGUGUCUGUUCCUCGCCUUUCUCUUCCUUAGCUUGGCUCAGUUCUUACAGACCAGCCACCCCACUGCGGCGAUUCGUAUCAACAAGACGGGUGGUGCAUUCUCAGUCAUCUGCGCCGCAGCGGCGUUUUAUGCGGGAGCCGCUGGUAUUAUGACUGAGGAUACGACAUGGGUUCGUUUCCCUCUUGGUGAAAUUGAUGUCAAACCCAAAAAGACCAACAUGGCUUAA